AUUACGUGGACAACAUGAUAUGACACUUUCGUACUGAGUAGCAAAGGUACUUGACUCAAUAGUUCUUUAAAUAAAUAAAAAGGGUGUGCACUUAGUAAGGACAAGCUGAUUCACUCUUUGUUCUACUCGCAGGCAUGUGUCCGUAUCAAUCAUGAACGACAGCCUAGUCACUCCAUCAUUGUUUGUGAGUUCUGAGUAUCACUCCAAAGCAAUACGAAGUCUGAACCACGAAUUCCUUGAGCAGACCCGCUGUAUUUUACACAACCUCCCAUGAAAGUAGUCUUAUAAAUCCCUUCAAUCCCUCCAAAGUCGCACCGGAACGCCAGUUAUGCUUCCCCGAGUCCAUUUUAGUGGAAAGGUGUAGCUCUUUUCUCCGAUUCCUCUCCUCCGUCCCUUCCUUCCUUCUUCCUCGCCUCCACGCAAUCGGUAGUUCCUACUUCCGCCAUCACCGCGCUAUCGAACCUGACUUGGUGUCUUUCCGAGCCACACGCGCCUUCUCAGUAGCACCCUCGUCCGAAUUGACCUCCAGAAAGUGGUAUAGAACAAUCAGCAUCAUGGCGAUGGAGCCGAGAACGAUGGCAAGUCUGUAGAGAUCAUCGUCGGAAAUCAUCGUGGAUGUGGUUUGUGGAAAGUGCGGUGUUGGGAGGUUGUUGUAAAGAAGGCGACGUAGAAAGUGACGAUGAUUUAGCUGAGGCAGAGUCAGAACACUUCAAUCGAGUCAAUUACUGUAUGGGAAUUGCACAUGCGUACCUUGGCAGGUUUGGCUACAUCAAUUCAAUGAUAGCAGCGUUGGAGUUCGUGUUGACGUUGAAUGAGCCGGUUGCUUGCGAAUGAGGCCAGCUUGCCCUGCGCGCUGGGAGCUUCACCCGGCCGGAGCCAUGAGCGCCAUGCCGCUGCAAGUUCCCACUUCAAGACCAUCGCUAAGCAGCCAAUGACGUCCGGGCCCUCUCAAAACGUGACUUCCCCCACCAAACUUCUUGACGCAGCUCGCCGCCGCAUAUCUGGACAAGCCAUUCACACCACACUUCGACAUCUUCUAGCCAACCCCAACCACAGUCAUUUCUGGUCCCUCGGACGCCGUGUUGAAUCGCCUUUGCAUCCGCAGAUUUUCUCAAACCCCUUUCUUCUUACCACUCCCGCCACCGCAUACAAUCCGCAAAGAUGCCUCCAAAAAAAGGCGACAAGCAGAAGGAGGGGGGGAGCAAGAAGGUUUCCGGCGCAAAGAUGGUCGAGGACAGAACUUUCGGAAUGAAAAAUAAGAAGGGUGCGCAAAAACAAAAGGAAAUUGCUCGCAUGACACAAUCCGCAAAUGCUGGUGGCACUCCGGAAGAGAAGAAAAAGGCUGCCGAAAAGGCACAGAGGGAGAGGGAGAAGGCUGCCUCUGAAGCCGCCGCCAAGGAAGCCGCAGCAUUAUUCAAACCUGUUCAAACGCAGAAGGUUCCUUUCGGAGUCGAUCCGAAGACAGUGCUGUGUCAAUUCUACAAAAAGGGACACUGCGAGAAAGGACGAAAGUGCAAAUUCUCACACGAUCUCAACGUCGAGCGCAAAGCCCAGAAAAAAGAUCUUUACCAAGAUACUCGAGAGGAGGAGGAAGAAAACAGAAAGAAAGAAACCUCGGACGAUUGGGACGAGGAGAAAUUGCGAAGUGUCGUUCUUUCCAAGAAGGGCAACCAGAAAACUACAACAGACAAAGUCUGCAAAUUCUUCAUAGAUGCCGUAGAGGAGGGCAAGUACGGUUGGUUCUGGACAUGUCCGAAUGGGGGAGAUAAAUGCAUGUACCAGCACAAAUUACCUGCAGGGUAAGUUCUUCGAAUUCUUGGAAUCUAGAUGAAUACUAACAACAAUUGCAGAUUCGUUCUGAAAACAAAGGAACAGCGAGCAGCAGAGAAAGCUCUCUUGGACAAAUCUCCCCUCAAAACACUUACCCUUGAAGAUUUCCUUGAAAACGAAAGACACAAACUCACCGGAACUCUUACUCCAGUCACCCCAGAGACAUUUGCAAAAUGGAAAGCCGAGCGAAUGGACAAAAAGGCUGCUGAGAACCAAGCACAACUUGCUAAAGAGGCUACUGGUCGUGCUAUGUUCGAAAAGGGUGAUUGGAAUGUUAGUGGAGAUGAAGACGAUGACGACGGAGAAGAUGAGGCCUGGAAUAUGGAGAAAUUACGAAAAGAGACCGAGGCGCUUCGAGAGAAGAAAGAAGCAGAACGGCUGGCAGCCGGUGGCUUCGCACCCCCUCCAACAAGUGCAGACUAUGGUUUGGAAACUAAUGAUCUGCCUGAUGAUGAUGGCCCUUCUUAAAUUUGUAACCUUAAGAAGGCCUGGAUUUAACGACAUUAAGGACGAGUCAGGAGCAAAAAUAAUGAAAUGCACGCAACGACCCUCUGGGCAUGUAAGUGUAGGAAUUUUCUACGAAUCCACAUGUUACACCAUCGAGCUGAACCGUUUUGAGCCACCAUUUAUGGCGACCCAAAUACUGCUCCAUGGAACGCUCCACGACCACCAGGCUACAAGUCAAUCAGGUUAGCUGAGAAAAUGACCCAGCGAGAUAAUAAAAUGUAUUUACUGGUGGUCUCUGGAUUGGCUAAAAUAAUUUUUGACAUUACAUAAAUUAUGAUUAAUGCCGAGAGGUUUUUGAAAAAACUGUUUCCCAAUGAGAAUAAUUUACUUUCAACCAUUGCUUCAUUUGUCGCUUUCCAGUAUUGUUUAAAAGAUUGACCCCCUUCCAAUGUGA